AUGGAUGUGGUUGUGUUGGCAAAAGACACCAGAAUGUCUUAUACAAAAUCUGCUCCACCUUCAGAAUCCUCAGAGGGUACAACCUCCACGGACAACAAUGAUAUUCUCUUAAACAACCCCGAAUGGUCAGCUGGAUCACAACAUGGUGAUAUGAACACUGCGAUGAGUACAAUAUAUGCCGAAGGUGCUGCCUAUUCGUCCGAUACGAACAGCAUCGAUAUGGUCAACAAUAACAUACUCUCCGAUUAUGAAAUUGAACAGGUUGAGUGUUUCUUUGCCGGUUUAGGUACCGAGAUUUUUGUUAGUUCCGCAUUGGCCAAUCUCUAUGAAGGCACUGGGCCGGAUAAUGAUUGGCAAUUGAAAUUCACCGGGAUACCAGUAAUUUUAUAUGACAAAGGUAGUACACGAACAAGAACCAUUAAACGUAUCACAUUGGUCUUGGCUGAGAGGGGUUCAUGUUUUGCCUUGUGGUCAGAUCGUGUUAGCACCCUAUCAAAUUAUCAAGUGGCGGGACCAUCGUUUCAUACAAUGUCCUUGUCGAGUAAUCCAGAGCAAAUGAUUGGCUUCAGUUAUGAUACAACAGCUGCGGCUCAAGAAAUUUGGUUACAUAUGGAACGUUUGCUAAGCAAUCCGGAAAAUAAUCUUCUAACUUUGCCUAGAGAUAAAGAGAAAUCGAAACGUAUGCGUCACGUACCCUUGCCACCGAAAGCUCAAAUCUCCCAGCCUUGUCAAUUUCAUCAUGUCACCAGUGUUACCAAGGAUGACGGGGAUCGGUAUUAUAGCCUGCAGGCUUUUGUGGCGUCGAUGACUCAGCGAUGAGGAGGGGACGU